UUCUACAGUGCCCAACCUGUGAGGUUUAUUGGUUGUUACAAUCCCUGCCUGCUGUCUCUUGGGAAUAUGUACAUGCUCGCUUUGUCUGUCUCGACUUUUUAGAGCUUCAUUGCAGAUGGUCAUCUCGAUUGCACCCAAGACGGCAGGGUUCUGCGAUCACCGAUGCAAUGGAGCAACUUCUUCAGGAAGACCCCGAGAAGCUAGUGGCACUUCUCAAAUAUGCUGCUACCUUUCCCGAUUUCCCCAAGAACUUCACCGUACCUUCUUUGCUAGAUCCCAACUAUGUUCCGCCUAACAGAUCUCGCCCUCUCGAGGUGCUCUGUUACUGCCUGGCUGGCAUCACCACCGUCGUGGUGUUGCUCCGACUGUGGGUUCGAAUGCGGGUGCAAAGAAGGAUGUUUGGAAUGGAUGACUGGCUGAUUAUUCCGGGACAGAUCUUAUCUCUGGCAACAAUCAUAGUUAUAAUUUUGCUCAGUAGAGUGGGCGGAUCCGGACAGCAUAUCUACGAUGUCUCUUAUGACCGGGCUGCAACGUCGCUAGUUUUACAAUUCAUUGGCAUAAGCCUGUAUUUCGCAGCUAUUUGCAUCAUUCGGCUCUCCAUCACGGCAUUCCUGUACCGCCUGAUCAGCCCGGUAUUUAAGACCAAGCGAAUACUUCUACAUUGUACGGUCGUUUUCAUUUUCUUGGAGUUUGCCAUUACAGGCUUCCUCCAUAUUUUCGCAUAUAAGCCUAUCUCUGCUGGCUGGGACAUUGACGUUCGACUGGCUGGAUUUACGUCUAUAAACGUGCCACUUGGGAUAUUCAUCGGCUCGAUUGUGUAUCUCAUUACGGACGUUUGGCUAUUGAUUAUUCCUAUCCACACUGUAUGGACUCUCCGACUCUCUAUUUGGAGACGCAUUGGCAUUACCUGGGUCUUCGCUUUUGGUAGCGUCGCCUGCGUCGGUGCGAUUUUAAAGACGAUCUAUGUCUAUCCAUUGUUCGACUCCUACGAUCCACUAUGGAAUGGCAUUGGCUUCCAAAUCGGCGCCGUAAUCGAACUCGGGUUUGGCGUCAUCAGCGCAUCUAUUCCGGCCUUAAACCACAUCUUAGUUAAAGCUAUCCCUAUAUUACUUGACCCCUGGUUCAGCAGUACACCUAUAAACGAAAGGUUCAGCUCCGCUAACCGAACGACCAAACCGAAACACCAGACGUUUCAAGAGGAUUUUUCACGCAGAAUACGCGGACCAAGUGGGCGAGCGGUCGAAGCGUAUGAUAAUAUCCCGGGCGGGAGCGAAUUCAACCUUGGGCGGGAAGCCCGAAGGAAGGGAGCCUAGCUGCAAUGGAUGAAACCCGGUUAUGAGGUUUUGGACAAGCAGUCAGAACGGCUCCCGAAGAUUUCAUUACGUGCAAUGCCAGUAGCCCACAUUAGACGUUCGGAUGCCAGCCGCGGUCACGGUUUACCGUUAGACAAGGCUAGUGAGGAGCCUUGACUCCUUAGCAGUACCAAUAUAUUACCAGGAGGCCUUUGCUGAUUGUUAUGAACCAGUCAG